UCUUGACAAUUUGGAAACUUUUGUCUUUUAGGAUUGACAUGUAUUCAGAAGGUAUUUCAGAUCUGACUGAAAUGAUUGGGCAAUUGUUAAUAUGUCCCCCAGACCAAAGAGAAGCCAAGACUGCCUUGGCAAAAGACAGAACCAAAAACCGUUACUUGCCUGCCUUUGAAAAGGUGUUGAAGAGCCAUGGACAAGACUACCUUGUAGGCAACAGGCUUACCAGGGUGGACAUCCAUCUAUUUGAACUUCUCCUCUAUGUUGAAGAGUUUGAUGCCAGCCUUCUGACCCCUUUCCCUCUGCUGAAGGCCUUCAAGAGCAGAAUCAGCAGCCUCCCCAAUGUGAAGAAGUUCCUACAGCCUGGCAGCCAGAGAAAGCCUCCCAUGGAUGCAAAACAAAUUCAAGAAGCAAGGAAGGCUUUCAAGAUUCAGUAAAGCUGCAUUGAUGGAGCCACAGAAACUGGCCUUUAAUGGUUUGCAAUUAUAAAAUGUAUUGUUGAUCCUGGCUAUUUUGCAAUAAUAAAAAAUGAACAAAUGGUAUAUGUUCCUCAUAAGUUCUAAGUAUGAGCUCAGAUUGCUCAAAUCGCAUACAAAGAGGAAGGAAAACAAGAAUCACUUCACAGGAAACAAAGCUUGUAAGGCAUGAGGAGAAAUUAAAAAAUAACACACACAUA